AUGGAUGUGCAUCGCUAUACAAUCGUCUUCCUCGUUUUCCUUGGUGUUGUGCAAGUUCAUGGCGAUCCUACAGCUGCAAUUGAAAAUAUAAAACUAUUAAUCGAAGCAGCUAAGCAGGCAAAGAAUAUUUGGGAUUUUGUGAAAGAUCUCCCGCCUACAUUGGGAGAUUACUUGGCAACGUUAGUUUCGGGAAAGGAUAUCAAUACACCGGAAAAGCCUGUUAGCUCUUAUGAUUUUGUCAUUGAUUUGACUAGACCAACAGAUAUUUUUGGUGCUUUAAAGUCUUAUCCUUUGUCCUAUCCCGCAGGAAAAGAUGCUUAUGAUAAAAAACUUGAAGGUACCGAAAAGAGCGUUGCCCGUUUUAUCGUCAAUGUCGUAGGCCGUUAUAAUGUGGGUAAGACUUUUAUUUUGCGUCUAUUAGCCAAUAUCAACUUGGGGCAUUCAUUUACUGAACGUACAAAUGGUUUGAGUGUUGCUUUGCCAUUAUUGUCAGAUACAGACAAUACUCCAUUGGCAUUGAUUGACACAGCUGGCACACGAACUCCAGUGGAAUACAGUGAUAAGACGUUCAAAAAUCGAUCUUAUGAGCGUCAGGUGAGUGAUUCAUUUAUUCAAGAAGUAGCAAUAAGUUCAGCACAAAUCUUUGUCUGUGUUGUCAAUCAAUUGACUCUGGAUGAUCAACUAUAUUUGAAGAGUUUAUAUAAUAGACUAAUUGAUGAUGGCUUAACUCCAGUUGACAUUCAACAGCGACUUCUACUGGUGCAUAACUAUUUCAAUUUACAGACGGUUGAUGAAGUAGAAAAGACUGAGAAAUAUGAACUGGAAACAUUAUUUGGAGCACGCAAACAACCGCAGGGAUUUUGGCUAAGUAAUGAAUUCAAACAUUUUGUCAUAGCACAUGUUGAUAGUGAAGCUGGAAAAAAAUACAAUACUCGUUCAAUUGAGCAAAUUCGAACAAUGAUCAAAGGUGCAAAUGCUGCCAAAGAUAGCGACGUUCUCAGGACAAUUAUUAGCAAAAUCGAGACUUUAUUAAGUAAAGUUCUCGUCGAAGAAGCUUCGGUAAAACCUGAUAUCAAACACAAAGAUUCUCAACAAGGCUUGUUAAGCAGUAUCACUUCAGGAAUUCGUGCACUAGUUUCAUAUAAUUCAGAGAAACCGAUGAAGGUAAUGCCACAACGCCAGGUUAAAGUACAACUUGAAGUGCAAGAAUUAAACCUAGAUAAAGGACAACCAUUAUGGUUUAUUUGUCCGAAAUCACCUUUAAGCGGAAAUGUAACUUAA